AAACAACGCGAUGACGUCAGACGCCACCAGGAAGUUUAUUCUUGAAUCUCGUUACCUUUGCACCGCAGCGAAACCUGAAAGUUGCCCUACCAGGAGGAGUUAGCGUUCCCCGCAUAAGACAGGGUGAACUCCUGCGUCCUCCGCCAGUCUUCCAUCCCGUCAUAUCUUUGAGCAACACCGCAGAAGCGGUCACGGAGUCACGGAGGCUGGAGUUUAUGCUUAAACCACGCAUGUCUAUCUGGAAUUAUUAUUGAAUGCCUGCUGAACUAUAUAGGCUACACUGUCUGUUUUGUAUGCCUCGUAGUUUACUUGAAUUUAAGGUCAACCCAUUAGCCAGUGACCCAUCUGUUGUGUGUGACUAACUUCAGUCUAAAGAUAAAGGAACCGCUCAUUUUGAGCCGAGUCUCCAGCUGUUUGUCCUCGGAGUUCUGAGCUGACUGAGGUUUCUAGUUUUCCUGGACAGGAUCCUGCUCGAUCCUGGGCUGUACAUACUAACUUGUGUUGCAAAGAGUCCUAAACUGUGGAACAGUUGCAGUAAUUGGAUAAGUAAACCAAAAUCUGCAUGUUUAGAUAAGCUUGGCAGUCAUAAACCCAUGGCACUGCUGGGAGUGAAAGUCAUCGAGUUGGCGGGUCUGGCCCCUGCACCGUUCUGUGGCAUGAUCCUGGCAGACUUUGGAGCCAAGGUGAUCCGUGUGGACCGCACCAAGGUUUUCUCAACUGUGGACACUCAAGGUCGCGGCAAACAGUCCGUUGCCCUCAACCUGAAAACGCCAGAGGGCGUGGCUUUGCUCAGGCGGCUCUGCGUUCAGUCGGAUGUUGUCCUCGAGCCCUAUCGCAAAGGUGUUAUGGAAAAACUGGGCCUUGGUCCAAGUGAGUUACUUUCAGAAAAUCCUCGUCUGAUCUACGCCCGGUUGACGGGAUAUGGCCAGAGUGGGUGUUACGCUUCUGCAGCUGGACAUGACAUCAACUACCUCGCCAUGUCAGGUAAGGACUGGUUGGGUUACCUUACCAAACCAAUAUAUAGUCAUAUUGGUUUGUUGCAGAAGUCUUAAUUAAGAGCCAGAAUAUGAAUUGAACAAUGCAGGAUUUCUGAUGAUCUUCAGAGUUCUUCUUUGAAGCUUGGAUGCUCUUCCACCCACAAUGUAGUCAUCCUCAGAGUAAUGUCACAUAAAUUCAAUUGAGUCAUUUUCUUCUCUAUGACUUCCUUAUAAAUGAUGCAGAGACCCAGUUCUGUUACCCACUAUUUGAAAUGUAAAGUAUAAUAGAACAAGUCUUUCAACUGCUGCAUACUGUAUAUUUUGAUCUCCAUGAAUAAGAAAGUGACUAGAAGAAAAUAGCUGCUUAUAAAAAUAUCUACAGUCAGAGCAAUGAUUGAAAAGUAUAAACAACUGGAACUAUUGUGACUGAUUUAGUCUAACAGUUAAAGUUGAGAGGAUAAUAAGAGAAGUUCAACAAAUGGCUUUGGGGUAUGUCAGAAAAAAGCUAUACCCCCCACCCCCAUCCUGUCCUACCAUCACAAACGUAAGCACUUGAAGCUUUCUAAACUCUGUUUGGAUUUUGCUUUGGAACUGAGCGCUUUGAUCAGGUGGCAAACAGUCGGGCUUUUAGCAACAAUCGCUCCUGGUGAGUCUUGGUGUUAACAGAAGGCGAAAGUGUGGAAAAGCACCUCAUGUCUACUGUGAUAUUAAAGGAUGUUUGAUACUGGGGGUCUGUUUCUCCUUCCAAAGCCCUUGAAACCUUGUUAAAAUAUAAAUCUGUCUUAUAUACAAAUGUAAUAAAAUAAUCCUGAAAAUUAAAUUAAAAAGGGUGAUUAGGAGGCUCCAAACAUAUGGCCAAACCAACACAGAAAUGGUUCAUCAAAUGCAAAUUCAACAUUCCUCCAUAGCCAUGUCAGUCCUCAGGCAUAAAUCCCACUGAAAACUUGCAGGGUGAGCUGAGAGCAUAAAAGGAGAGUUUGGACUCUGGGUGAACUACAAAGGGUGUGCAACGAAGAAUUAUCAAAGAUCCCUCUACCUACAUACUUUUAGCUUGUAACAUUUUGUGGGUGAACACUGUGUGGUGCUAUAGGCAAGAAAGUUUGUACUAAAUAGUAUCAAUGGAAUGUUUUUUUUUUCUACUCUAAAUGAAUGUUGUCAAAUUAGAGGCCAGAUUCUUUUUCUAAAAUCACGCUGCUUAAAAAGAACAAAUCUGCUUGUUUUAGGGAUUUUAAACACCAUUACCAGAGAACUCAGCAAAUAUGGAGGUGCUUUAAACUUUAGUUUUAGAUGUUUUUUAUUGUCGUUUCUGGAAGUUACCCAAAAGAGUUAAUCUGUUGAAGGAUUUUAAUCGUUUUAUCUGGAGAAAAAAUGCUCUGCAUUCAACCUGUUGAGACCCAGCAGCAUUUUUCAGAAACU